AUUUGCCUAAAAUAUUGUUUUUAAAAAUAUACAAAAUUAUAAAUUAAUUUUGUUUCAAACAUUAAACUUUGAAUUCAUUAAUAAUGGGCUCAGAAGUGAAUGAAAAGUUGAAGCAAUUGUGGAAUGUUCUCAAUGAGAGUAUUAAGACUGAUGUUAGGGACAAGUGGUGGCAAACCAUCGAAAGUGAGUACAAAGACAAUGAAUUGAGAAAACAUUAUGAUCUCAAUCACAUCGCAAAGAUGUUCAUUCAUUUGGAUGAGAAUCAGUUUAAGUUAUGAUCCGAAAUGUGUGGACAACGAAGAAAAAAGCAUCGAUUUAUUCAAACAAUUUGCAAAAG